GCUCAGGGAGGUCACGGCUGCGGCGACCGGACCAGGGCGCAGCGGGGGGCGACCUUUGCGCGGGGCGGGGCCGGGCCAGGCUGGGUCCCUGGCAACCCCCCCGCCUAGAGCGCCGCCGCGGAGUUGCUGAGAGCCCUAGAGGCCGCGCCGACGCUGAGCCGUGGUCCGGGCUCCGCCACCAUGGACAUCCCGCCGCUGGCCGGCAAGAUUGCGGCUCUGUCGCUCGGCGCCCUCCCGGUGUCCUACGCGCUCAACCACGUCUCGGCGCUCUCGCACCCCCUGGGGGUGGUGUUGAUGAGCGCCCUGAUCCUGGGUCUGCUAUUUGUGGCUAUCUACAGCUUGUCCCGCGGUGAGAUCUACUACGACCCGCUUUAUGCUGUAUUCGCUGUCUUCGCCUUCACCUCGGUGGUAGACCUCCUUAUCGCUCUCCAGGAAGAUGGCUAUGCGGUGGGCUUCAUGGAGUUCUACACCAAGGAGGGCGAUCCGUACCUGCGGACCGCGCAUGGAGUCUUCAUCUGCUAUUGGGACGGCACUGUUCACUACCUCCUCUACCUGGCCAUGGCCGGCGCCAUCCGCAGAAGGAAGAGGUACCGGAACCUUGGACUCUACUGGUUGGGAUCCUUCGUCAUGAGCGUCCUGGUGUUCCUCCCAGGAAACAUCCUUGGCAAAUACAGCUCAGAGAUUAGGCCCGCCUUCUUCCUUGCCAUCCCCUAUGUGCUGGUCCCAUGCUGGGCUGGUGUGAGGGUCUUCAGCCAGUCCCAGGCACCAACCUGCUGCACCCCCAAUGUGGUGCAGGAGGAACAAAGAAAGGGCCUCCUACAGCGCCCAGUUGACCUGGCCCUCAUCAUCUACCUCACUCUUGCUGGGUUCUUUACCCUCUUCCGGGGCCUGGUGGUUCUUGACUGCCCCACAGAUGCCUGCUUUGUCUACAUUUAUCAGUAUGAGCCAUACCUGCGGGACCCUGUGGCCUAUCCAAAGGUGCAGAUGCUAGUGAACAUGUUCUACGUGCUGCCUUUCCAUGGCCUGGCUGCCUAUGCCCUCAUCUUUCCCGGCUGCUCCUGGCUGCCUGACUGGGCUUUAGUGUUUGCUGGAGCCAUUGGCCAGGCACAGUUCUCGCACAUGGGUGCCUCCAUGCACCUGCGCACGCCCUUCACCUACCGUGUACCUGAUGACACCUGGGCCUGCUUCUUCGUGUGCAACCUGCUGUAUGCGCUGGGCCCCCACCUGCUGGCCUAUCGCUGCCUGCGGUGGCCUGCCUUCUUCCUGCGCCCACCCCCCGGCUCCCCAGCCCACCAUAAGAAGCAGCACUGAGGGGGCCGUGGGACUCCCCAGGACUCCGUGUACAUGCUUAGCAGGCCCUGCCCCAGGAAGGGUGGGUUGGGUUUUUUAGAGGCAGGAGGUAUGUCUCUGGGUGUCUUUGGUCCUGGCUAUGGUGGUUUCAGGCCUGUGGGUGGGAUGGGAGACCCAAGCACAGAGGGCCACAGCCACGCUGAACUGUCAGGGUACACCAAUCCCACAUGGAUUCUUCUACUCUUUCCCAGAAUUUACCCAUCAUCCCCCGCCAUGGAUGCUUUUAGUAAAAACCCUCUUGAUGCCCAAAAUAUUGCUGCCUGAGAGUUUCAGGAUGUAGGGACAAGGGACCUACUUCUCUGACCCCAUGAGGGCCUACCUAUCACUGCCAGCGUGCCCAUCAGGAGCUGGAGGUGCCGGACAGCAGAAGUCUGCCUUUGGUUGGUAUGCACGGCUCCAUCUCCCAGAUGGGGAAAUCUGAGGCUCAGAGAGGACCAGAGACCUGCCUGAGGUCACUUUGAAAUCCAAGC